AUGCCUUCCGAUCUGGAGCAACUGAUUGAUAUGGGCUUCGACAAGACUCGGUCCGAGCUUGCCGUCAAGAAGAGCGGAGGACUGCAAGGUGCUCUCCAGUGGCUCGAGGACAAUCAGGACAAGUCUCUGGAGGAGAUACAGGCUGCCGAGGCAAACAAGGACGAGGGUGAGGACGAGGACGAGACGAAGGCGAAAAUUGCAGAGCUGGAGAGCGGUCAAGUCGCCAAGUCGCUCAUCUGCAAUGACUGCGGCAAGCGGUUUCGCAACCAUGACCUCGCCAGCUACCACGCCUCGAAGACAGAUCACGCAGACUUCUCCGAGUCUACGGAGGAGAUCGCCCCCUUGACCGAGGAGGAGAAGAAGGCCAAGCUCGAGUUGCUCCGUGAGCGCCUCAAGGCCAAAAAGGCAGCCAUGUCUGCCGAGGACAUGGAGGAGAACAAACGAAACGAGAGAAUCCGCCACAAGGCCACGAGGGAGACGCAGGACGCCAAGGAAGAGCUUGCCCGCAAGGAGCAGAUCAAGGAAGCCGCUCGCAAGCGUUUGGAGAAGCAGGAGGAUAUGGAGGCCAAGAAACGCAUCAAGGCCAAGAUCGAAGCCGACAAGGCUGAGCGCCGCCGCAUCGCCGACGAGGCCAAGGCUGCGCGAGAGGGACGAGCACCAGAGCUCCCCGCAGCGGCACCGGUUGCCGCCGUGCCUGCGACGAAGCCCAAGAGCGACCGCAAGGAGGCCCGCCUACGGUUGCAAACCAGCUCGGGCAACCUCACCAAGACGCUGCCGGCGGAGACCACCUUGUUUGAGUUGGCCCAGAUGGUCCAGGGCGAGACGGGCCAGCCGGUGACGAGCUUCUCCACCACCUUCCCCAGGCAAACGUUUGAGGGCGAGCUGGACAUGUCCAAGACGUUGAAGGAGGCAGGCUUCGUCCCUUCAUCCGUCCUCAUCGUCAAGUAG